CGCUAUGCUCUUACCGUGCUUCUUCUUUAUAUAUACCAAUAUUGGAUGUUUUUGGAGGUUCUAAAAAAGGCAGUCUAUUUUGAAGACGUAUCAGAAGGACAAUAUUUUGAUAUAGACUAUUAUUAAACUAAUAUAUUGCAAUAUAUCGUAGCAAUAUAAAUUAAAUAUUUUUUUCUGAAUAAGGUCCUGGAAGAUAUAUUCAUUUGCUAAAUAUUAUUCUUGUUUUUUCAAAACAUUAUUUUGUCCACUAUACUGUCUUUAUGUGGGAAUUAUUUUAAACACUACAUUUUAUUGUGAAGGGUGAUUUUACACAAGUUGAAUAAUGUUUUUAUUCCUGUAAACUGCGAAAACUGCGAGUGUUAUUUCCGGUCCUCCAGUGACGUUAGAGACACAAAGAUGGCGGCGUCCAUGCAGGAAGUUGGGGUUUCUGCGUUUUCAAAUGAAACGGAUUCUACUGGAAAAGAAUCAAGCGACACUAAAGAGGAGGACGAUGCUACCGAAGAACCAGAAGAACCAAAAGAACCGAGAGUUCGGGAAACUCCAGAAGACAUCAGAUUCGAAGCCAUCGUGAACACCCUCGCUUUUCAUCCGACGCGGGACAUCCUCGCAGCUGGUGACAUCGAUGGAGACAUCUACGUCUACUCAUACUCCUGCACAGAGGGGGAAACCCAGGAGCUCUGGUCCUCCGGACAUCAUCUCAAGUCCUGCCGUGAACUCGCCUUCUCUCAGGACGGCCAGAAGCUGUUCAGUGUGUCCAAGGACAAGUCCAUUCACAUCAUGGAUGUGGAAGCGGGGAAACUGGUGUCACGCAUCACCAAGGCACACAGUGUCCCCAUCAACGCCCUGCUGCUGAUUGAUGAGAACCUCCUUGCCACCGGAGACGACGGUGGGACUCUGAAGGUCUGGGACAUGCGUAAGGGCACCGCCUUCAUGGACCUCAAACACCACGAGGACUACAUCAGCGGCUUGGCCAUCGACCAGGCCAAGAAGAUCCUGCUCACGUCCAGCGGCGACGGGAUGUUGGGCGUGUUCAACAUCAAGAGGCGGCGCUUUGACCUGCUCUCCGAGUUCCAGAGCGGUGACCUCACCUCUGUGGCCAUCAUGAAACACGGCCGUAAGGUGGUGUGUGGCUCCAGUGAAGGCACCAUCUACAUCUUCAACUGGAACGGCUUCGGAGCGACCAGCGACCGCUUCGCCGUGCGGGCCGAGUCCGUGGACUGCAUCGUCCCCAUCACUGAGAACCUCCUCUGCGCUGCCUCCAUGGACGGGGUCAUCAGGGCCGUUAACCUCCUGCCGAACCGCGUGCUGGGCAGCGUGGGGCAGCACGUGGGCGAGCCCGUGGAGCAGAUCGGCCGCUCCCGCGACUCGCGCUUCCUGGCCAGCUGUGCGCACGACCAGCUGGUGAAGUUCUGGGACAUCUCCAGCCUCGCCGACAUGGAGGUGAGCGACUACCGGCGCCGCAAGAAGAAGGGCCGCAGCCUGAAGGCCCUCAGCAAGAAGGCCUUCGGCACGGGGGACGACUUCUUCUCCGGCCUGGCGGAGGACACGCAGGGAGGGAAGGAGGGAAAGGAGGAGGAGGAGGGGUGUGACAGCGGCGAUGACGACAGUGACAGCGGCAGUGAUUGAGCGCGUGGACGUUUGGCGGGAGGAAGAGGAGGAGGAGGAAGGGGGAUGACGGGAUUGGGUUUCCCCUGGAUGACGCAGGUCACUCAGAUUGGUUGGCGGCUUGGGAGGCGCUCCUGACGCACGGGAAAUGGCCUGGAACUUUGUCACAAACUGACCUCCGGACCCCCCACCCCAUCCCCCUGAGGGGGGUGAAACUUCUGACCCCAAUCUGACGGAUGUUUGACCACUGCAUGACACGACUCCUGGGGCAGGUCAGACUUGGUGUUCUGAGCACUGAACUUCUGAACGCUCAAAAUUACAUCAUCGCAUUCUCACAUAACGUUUUAUUUAGCAGACGCUUUUAUCCAAAGCCAUAUACAAAAAGUGCACACCAAGGUCAUUAGAACAAACUACAGAGCAGGUCGAAUAGCGUACAAUUGUGCUUUCCCAGUUUCCAAAAAAAAAAAAAACAAACACAAAAAAUUAACUCAUUUGCAAUUGCAUCCCUAUAUUUCUUUUUUAUUUUUUACAAAUCAAUUUGAACAUCUUUUGACUGAAAGAAAAACCUAACGUAGCGAUUGUGUAAUAUGUCCUGGUUGAGUAGGUAAAAUGGAGGCCCUUUGAGAGUCCCUUAGUGGAGCCUGUAAAUCCAGGGCUUGUGAAACCGGAGAUGACCUGAAGAGACAGGGAGGCAGGGCCUGGUGCUAAUUAAGGGGUUAGAGGUCGCUCUUCAGGGGUCCAGAGGCAGGUCUCCCCUCCACAGGGCACCAGCACGUCUGAGUCUCUUGGCAGCUACACACACAGCCUGCUGAUAGAGGAGUGUGUGAGUGUGUGUGUGUGUGUGUGUGUGUGUGUGUGUGUGUGUGUGUGUGUGUGAGUGUGUGUGUGUGAGUGUGUGAGUGUGAGUGUGUGUGUGUGAGUGAGUGAGUGAUGUAUGCAGUAUGCAUGUGCAUUUUCUGAUGCAGAAAUUCAUUGUAAUAAGGCCUCAUGAAUGCAAAUGAGACAAUAAAAGUCCUUGACAUUUCUGAAAUGGAUUGCUUCGUUGGAAAAUAUGCAUUAGAAAAUCCAUGUAAAGAAGUUCUGUUGUGAAACCUUGACUUGAAAUAUUCAAAGCCUUUUUGUUCCACUUGUGAAGACAGGAGUGUUACAAUUAGCCUUUCAGUGAGAAAGUGCGUUCAGUAUGAGGUCCUGAAGGAUCAUGGGAAGGGUGUACCAUGUCACUGCUGCAGUAUUGUUGGGUUAUACUUGUGGAAAUGUCUUUCAAUUAGACUUUUAUAGCAUAACAAAGCUAACAAAGAAAGCUGCCCAUACCAUCCAGUUAGCCUUCAAAUAGCAGUUCUGUGGUUUACAUUCCUACUGGUGCAAACUCCAGCAAAGAUCCACUGCAUCUUAUCUGUGUAUCUGGAAAUAUUAUCCUUCCACACAUGCAUAAAAUACUUGCACAGCCUGCGCAUAGUAAGUAUGCCAGGGAUUCAUAUUUUUACUUGCUAGUUUGGUCAAGGUUUUUGAAUGUGUGUGACUGCCAAAUAAAAUAGAUCUGUGUUGAAAUGUUU